UUUUUAGAAUAGUAGUAAAAAUAAAUACAUAUAGAGGACGCCCUACUUCCGGUUUUUUCUGCGCAUAGAUAACGACUGUGGAAAUAAUGCGCAGAAAUGAUCAGUGCAUUCAUAUUCACCGACGCCGUAGGCCAAACAUUUCCUCUUGAAUUAGUGUAAUAAAUCUAUCAAGUUUGAAAAGUAAAGUUCUUCAAGUAUUGAAAUGGACCAGAAUUCGACACGAAUUUCUGAUGUAGUGACAGGAGAAUUGUACAGAGACGCAAUGUUCCAAAUAACAAAUUCAUUUUGUGGGGUUAAAUUUGAAGAUGACUCGGGUUCGGGUUCAGACGAAAAUUCAGAUGAUAACUCGAAUUCAGAUGAAAACUCAGUAUCAGAAUACAGCUCGGAAUCAGAAUAUAACACUGAUUCAGAUGAGGAUCCGGAUUUGGAUGACAAUAAGCAUUAUUGUCCGAUUGGAAAAAUUAAACAAAUCUCAAAGACAUCUUCGGACUUUACUACAAUCUUGAUAGAAUGUACCUUAGGGUCUAGGAUUAAACUUGGCACAUUUGUACUGCUGCCAUAUUUAGCUUCAGGGAUUUUCAGAAAUAAAUUCUCUUGGAUUGGUCAUGUUGUUAAAACUGCUGGUUGUAAUGGUGAUAUUGACACCUUAGAAGCUAGAGUUCCUUCUCAUCGAUUUAGAUGCCUUGAGAAUGUAAAUAUUGGAGACAAAUUAUAUUAUGAACAUUUGAAAGAGUGCUUCCUUCCCCUCGUGGAAAUUCCAGAAGAUGGAAUUGAAAUUGAGAAAACAUCGGAAACUGGGUUCCAUGUGGGUUCUGCAAAACGAACAUCUAUUUCGGUGAAACGUUCGGAUAAAAAAAUAUUAGCGCGAAUGACUAAGCCAUGUCAGGCGAUAGGAUUUACAGAAAGAAGCGGGUUUAAGCGGCACUACUGUCCGCUCGGGCAAAUAAUUAAACUUACGAAGAUGCCAUCAGAGUCUCUAAUUUUGGUAGAAGGAUACAUUUCACCAAGAAAUGUGUUUCGACACGGAUGGUUGCAGGUAUUCAAUAUAGCGUCAGGAAUUUUCAAAGAUUCAUUCUCUUCUAUCGGUAAAAUAAAUAGUUAUGCUGAAAAAAUUGAUGGCUGGGAGUUUGAAAUUAAAUUGAAAUCCGAUAAAUUAUUGGAGAACUUAAAAAUUGGAGAUAUAGUUUAUCAUGUACACUACUGGGAGUGCCACGUUCCCAUCGUAAAUAUUUCACAAGGUGGAAUUCAAAUUAGGAAAGCAGUCCAAAGUGUGGUUGCCCAAGUGGGAUCUGAGACGGGGAGGUCUAAAAACCCAAAAAAGGCUACAAACCCGAAUUGGAAUGCAAGAUCCCAAAUUAAUUCCGGGGCUGGAAUGGGUUCUUCACAAAAAGAAACAUCGGAAACCGAAUUCCUGAGUGGGAUUUUGACUAAACAGAUCAUCAAGAUGGCUUCCGAGACAUCCUCCAGGGUUAGAUUUGAGACAGGGUUGAACCGGUUACACUCUGUGAAUAGAAGAUCCCAAGUCGUUUCCCAACCCAAACCAGCGGAGCCUACGAUGAAUCCUAAUGAGGGUAUAGGAUCCCAAGUAGACUGCCAGAGAGGAACAUCAGAAAUCCCGAAAAACGACGAGAACUCUAUCGAGAACGGUGGACCCCAAAUUUUUCAGGAGCGACUAUCGGAGAACCCAGAAAAUACCAAGAACCACCACAAUGGGAAUUCAACAUCUGAAGUUGAUUUCCAGUUUAAAAUAGAUCCUUUCAAGGAAGAGAGAUCGGAACCCGAAAUUAUGAAUGGGUUAUCAGCUAUAAAUGAAAUCAAGACUUCUAUAAAGGCUUAUUCCUUCAUACAACGUGGGAUCCCUAAUGCGUUUCAAGUCUUAAAAUAUUCUCUUUUGUUCUUUUUUAUUAUAUCAUUAUUUUAUUCUUUUUACUGCAUUUUGCUGUUCUAUUAUGUUUAUUAUAUUCUCUGGUCUGCCAUGGAAUUUUCGAGCUAGGUGCUUCUGUCACUGACAUCUUUUAUUACCUUUUCCGUGAUGUGACACUAAUAUAACAUUAUAAUUACAGCAGUGCAAUUCAGAGUCCCCACCUGGGUACCCCAAUGUGUUGUAUUGCCUGAAUUUACCACGAUCUCUCUAGAGCUAAAAAUAAUAAUAAAGUAGCGACCAAAUGCAGAUUUGUGCCAAUGUGGGUUCUCAAUUUUUGAACCGCGUUCAUUAAUAAAAGAAUAAAAUUAGGAACAUAGAAUCGAUUGUGAUUCUCGUGGGUUCUAUGUCAGAAAGUUUGGAUCUUAAAUUUAUAAAUGUGCAUCCCAGUCAUAAUACAACUUACAAAAACAAUUCGAGAACUCUCUUGGGAUCUCCAUAGGAUCCAGGACUGAUUUCGUAUCAAUAAGUUGUUUUUUAUUUGCGUAUGUUAUUAAUAUUUCUUAAGUAAACUUAUAUUAAUUCUGUUUUUUUACAUAUGCAUUGCUAAAAAUAGAUACAUAAAAAUUGUACAUGAA